AUGCUGAAUAAAAGCCUCUUUCAAUAUUGUCAUGAACUACGUAUAGAGUAUGGAGUCUGUUUCCAAGAGAUAGCAUCGAAAGUGGACACCCUUAGGUCCUCUACUCUUACAACCGAACGUCUUACUCUAAAGGUCGUUACUAGGUCUCUGUCCACCUUUUAUCUAGACCCGCUAUACCGAAGAACGGGACUUGACGCAAGCUUCUGCCUGCGAAAUCUGGAAGCAACGUGCAAUUACUCUGGAAUGACCCCAUGCGCCAGAUGCGUGGCCGAAGCUUGCCAGUGCAAGUACGAGUCAAACCGUGAUCGUAGGCGCAAAGUUCAUACCAUUAAGUUAUUAAGCUUCCAUGCCGCUCUCUGUCAAAUAGCUUCUAAGCUCCGCGCUGGAUCCCUGUAG